GCCGGGCUCCUUCUCCCGCCGCCCGCCCGACUCGCACCCGGCUCGGCGACCCGGAGCAGGAGCAAGUCCGGCUGCUGGCGGCCGCGGGGCUGCGCGUGUCCGGCAUCCCGGGGCCGCUGCGGCCCGGGCGGCGAGGGGGGCCGGCGGUCCAUGCAUCCGCUGCCGCCCGCCGCCGUCGCCGCGAUGGAUUUCAGCCAGAACGGCCUGUUCGGCUACAUGGAUGACCUGCAGGAGCUGACCAUCAUCGAGAGGCCGGUCCGCCGGAGCCUCAAGACGCCAGAAGAAAUAGAAAGACUGACAGUUGAUGAAGACCUCAGUGAUAUUGAAAGGGCUGUUUAUUUGCUCAGUGCUGGUCAAGAUAUCCAAGGAACGAGUGUUAUUGCAAAUCUUCCAGUUUUGAUGCGACAGAAUCCCACUGAGACACUGCGGAGAGUCUUGCCAAAAGUCAGAGAAGUCCUGCAUGUUGCAGGUGUGGAGAUGCAGUUAAUGGCUGCGGUAUCAUUUUUGACUAUUCUACAGGAAGAAUCAGUGUCAAUUCACACAUAUGCCCACGCCUUCCUCCAAGUCAUCCUCCUCCAUCUGGAGCACAGGGAUACAGGUGUCAGCAAUGCCUGGCUGGAAACGCUUCUGUCCGUGAUAGAAGUAUUACCCAAGGAAACCUUAAGGCACGAGAUUUUGAAUCCACUUGUUUCCAAGGCACAACUUUCCCAAACAGUCCAGUCUCGUUUAGUUAGUUGUAAGAUUUUAGGAACAUUGACCAAUAAAUUUGAUGCCCAUACCAUUAAAAGAGAAAUACUUCCUCUGGUAAAAUCACUUUGUCAAGAUGUGGAGUAUGAAGUUCGAUCUUGUAUGUGUCGGCAAUUGGAAAAUAUAGCUCAAGGCAUUGGGACAGAACUGACAAAAAGUGUGGUGCUCCCCGAGUUAAUAGAACUCUUCAGCGAUGAAGGCAGCAGCGUCCGGCUUGCAGCCUUUGAAACACUGGUUAAUCUGCUCGACAUCUUUGACACAGAUGACAGAAGUGAAACUAUAUUUCCUUUAGUGAAGUCAUUUUGUGAAAAAUCUUUCAAGGCAGAUGAAUCAAUUCUUAUUUCCUUAUCUUUCCAUUUGGGAAAACUUUGUCAUGGACUAUAUGGAAUUUUUACUCCAGAUCAACACUUGAGAUUUUUGGAGUUUUAUAAGAAACUUUGUACAUUGGGUUUGCAACAAGAAAAUGGACACAAUGAAAACCAGAUUGCAUCCCAAAUCUUAGAGCAGGAGAAGAAAUAUAUUUCAGUACGAAAGAACUGUGCUUAUAACUUUCCGGCCAUGAUUGUCUUUGUUGAUCCUAAAAACUUCCACAUGGAACUCUAUUCUACAUUCUUCUGCCUUUGCCAUGACCCAGAAGUACCAGUCCGACACACUAUUGCUAUUUGCUUUUAUGAAGUUUCUAAGCUUCUGGAUUCUGGAGUAUAUUUAAUACAUAAAGAACUGAUAACACUAUUAGAAGAUGAGUCACUGGAGGUACUAGAUGCACUUAUAGAUCAUCUUCCAGAAAUCCUGGAACUUAUGUGUACUGGCGGAGAAAGCAGUGUUCAAGAUAAUAAGUUGGCCUCUCUGCCUGAGUUGAUUCCUGCACUGACGGCCGCUGAGCAGCGAGCUGCGGCCUCUUUAAAAUGGAGAACUCACGAGAAGCUGCUUCAGAAAUAUUCCUGCCUGCCACACGUCAUAUCAAGUGAUCAGAUUUAUUAUCGUUUCUUGCAAAGAAUGUUCACAAUCAUGAUGACCAAUAAUGUCUUACCUGUCCAAAAGGCAGCUUCACGGACUCUAUGCAUUUUUUUACGUUAUAAUCGUAAGCAAGACCAGAGACAUGAGGUGAUUCAAAAAUUAAUUGAACAACUGGGUCAAGGAAAAAGUUACUGGAAUAGACUCCGAUUUUUGGAUACCUGUGAAUUUAUUAUAGAGAUUUUUUCCAGAUCGUUCUUCUGUAAAUAUUUCUUUCUGCCUGCUAUUGAACUGACAAACGAUCCAGUGGCAAAUGUGAGGAUAAAACUUUGCUGCCUCUUGCCUAAAGUGAAAUCAACUCUGAACAUCCCUGCAGAUAAGUAUUUACUUCAGCAAUUAGAAAUGUGUGUGAGAAAACUCCUGUGUCAGGAAAAAGAUAAGGAUGUUCUGGCUAUUGUGAAAAGAACGGUGUUGGAGUUGGACAGAAUGGAAAUGUCUGUGGAUCCUCAAUAUCAGGCAAAUCUUUAUGAGAAAGACUUGCUGGAUCAAGAGAAAGAAAGAGAAGAACUACUUCUUUUGGAAAUGGAGCAGUUAGAGAAAGAGAAGCAACAGAACGAUGGACGGACCUUCAAUGACAAAACCUUUGAUAAGAAACGUAAAGACAUGACAGUAAAGACUCCAACAAUUCAGCCCAAGAGCAUCCCCAUUUCUGUUCCUGGACCCUCUUCUGGAAUCCCAUCGACAAGCAAAGAAAUCAAGAAAUCCAAAUUGAUUCGAAGCCAAUCUUUUAAUAAUCAAGCUUUUUAUGCAAAAUAUGGCAACUUAGACAAGUGUACUAGUAAAAAUUCUACAACAGGAUAUGCACCUUCUGUCUCAGGGUUAGCAAAGACUUCCGUGGUCUCAUUAACUGAUGACUCGUUCCAGUCGAGGGAUGUCAGCAGUGCUGCGCCUUCCUGUUCUUCAAACUCGGCCCUGCCAAGCACCUCCCGCGGCUCGGUGGAUCCAAAGAGCAGCGGAAGCAAAGACAUGCAACCACGGAAAGCUUCUUUAAAAUCUAGAAAGUCCAAUCCUUAAAUCAUCUGCUUGAGGAACAAGGCAAACCAAGACCCAUGGAGACAAUGUGACUGGUGAAGAGAAGUUGAAGCAAUGGCUGCUGGGACUUU